AUGGAUGCAAAGCCACAGCGCUUCCGAGCCAUUGGGGAUGAGAAUGUGCCCCCGCCAUCCCUGCAUCAAAACCAUAAGGUCAUCCAUCAAAGGAACAAGUCCAGCCCUGCUCUGAGUAUGAUGGCCCAAAACAAUGCUGGCCGACGCGCGUUUGUCGAUGUUAGCAACACCAAGGACAUGAACCGGGCUGGUCGGGAUGACUCGGGCGUUACUGGAAAGCCUGCCCUAGCUGAGAUCAAGGCUCCGGGGCUAUCCCAGCCAGCCCAGCGCCGCAUGACCUUGUCAGGAACCAGGGGCCUUGUUGAAAACGUUGCCACCACAAAGCCUACGAACCCCGCUGGAAAAGCCCAACCGGCAUACAGAUCGAAGCGAAACAACGCCAUAUACAAAGACCAACUGCACAUUGUCCCCGAGAAAGCCCCAUCCAAGGAAACCAACACAGAUACGGAGGCCAAGGCUGACCACAAGGGAGCAGAGAAAGGACACCACUCGAAUGAUAUUGUGGGGGAGCCUUCGCAUGCGCUGAACGUGGAUAUCGCCAGCCUCGUGGAGUCUGAUGCCACCGUAUCCGAGACCGAAGAUAUCAAAGAGCACGCACGUGUCAAGGAAGCCGUGCCAGCGGUAUCAGAGCCCGAGGAAUGGGAUGGGGAUGACACCGAGUACCAUGUUGCACCCAUCUACUCGUCUCGUGUGGAUAACACCGACGGAACCACCGUCAUUUAUCCAUACAUGACUAACGUGACCACUCGUGAGAUGUUCCGGGCGAAAGAUAUUGUCGAAAGGGAACAAACACAGGAAGACCUUGAUGAGGAACUGUUGGAUACGACCAUGGUUGCGGAGUACGGCGACGAGAUCUUCCUUCAUUUAAGGAAGAAAGAGAUCGAGAUGCUUCCGGUCCCAGACUACAUGGCCCGUCAAAGCGAACUCCAGUGGUCGAUGCGCUCGGUUCUGAUGGACUGGCUUGUUCAAGUUCACCAGCGCUUCAAUUUGCUCCCUGAAACUCUAUUUCUCACGGUCAACUACAUCGACCGUUUCUUGUCGUACAAGGUGGUUUCUAUGGGCAAGUUGCAGCUUGUUGGUGCGACCGCGAUCUUCAUCGCUGCAAAGUUCGAAGAGAUCACAGCCCCGUCUGUGCAAGAGAUCGUUUAUAUGGUUGACAGUGGAUAUUCUGUCGACGAGAUUCUGAAGGCAGAACGAUUCAUGCUCACCAUUCUCGACUUUGACCUUGGAUGGCCUGGCCCUAUGAGCUUCCUUCGCCGCAUUAGCAAGGCUGAUGAAUAUGACCUUGAAACUCGUACUGUUGCCAAGUACUUCCUUGAGCUGGCUAUUAUGGAUGAGCGCUUUGUCUGCACUCCCCCCAGCUUUAUUGCUGCCGGAGCCCAUUGCCUGUCCCGUAUGCUGCUUAACAAGGGCAACUGGACACCGGCGCACGCUCUUUACAGUGGUUACUUGUAUUCCCAGCUGAUUCCGGUGCUGAGCACCUUGAUGGAAUGCUGUGAGAACCCUCGCCGUCACCACGCCGCCAUCUUUGAAAAGUAUUCGGAUCGUCGCUUUAAGCGUGCCUCACUGUUUGUUGAAGCAGAGCUUGCCACGGACUUCGUUUUGCCCGAGGCCUCUGAUCUCAAUGAUCCAGAUCGCUUGGACGGCUAUGCAAACUUUUAA